AAAAAAAAAAUACAAAAAGCGACAUUCGUCGACUCGGUAAUGGCAUCAUUGUAGCAAUUGUGUUGUUGUGAAUAAUUUUUUUUUUCGUUUGAUUAAAGACAUUUUCAUCGAAACAAAUUUUAUACGAGAAAUCCAAAGACAGCGAAUCAAAUAAAUUGUGGAAAUUUUGUAAAUUUGAGAGUAUCUUGGGUAUAUCAAUAUCAAUAUGGGGCCACCGGCACAAAGUCCAGCUCCAUCGCAAUCACCACACAGUCCAUAUCCACCAAAUCCCACUCCGCCAGCACAACAAGCACCAUCACAACAACAGCAGGUACAGCAGCAACCACAUCAACCACCACGACCGCACGUUCCAGCCCAACAAGGUCAUAUAAUGCAACAGAUGCCAAUGAAUGCACCGCCGCAUCAUUUACAACAAAAUGGGCCAUCGCCCUUGGGUUCGGCACCGAAUCAUAUGCAACAUCAUCCGCCAAUGGGUCCUCAUGUACCACCACACGCAGGAAUGCAAAUGCAACCAAUGCCCCCGAUGGGCUAUCAAGGGCAUCAAAUGCCACCAAAUGGACCCCCACUAGGACCAUCACAACCGGGUCAAGAAAAUCUGAAUGCAUUGCAACGAGCCAUUGAUUCGAUGGAGGAAAAAGGUCUUCAAGAGGACCCAAGAUAUUCUCAAUUGCUAGCACUUCGUGCAACAUCAAAACAACAACACCUGAACCAAAAUCAGAUGUCAUUGCUACGUUGUCAAAUAAUGGCGUAUCGUUUAUUGGCCCGAAAUCAACCGUUGUCCAAACAGAUUCAAGCCGGAUUAAGUGGAUCACCAUGCUAUGAUAUGAAUGCUAGUGCGGGCAAUACAAGACGGUCACCACCACAUUGCUCAACUCCGCCAGCAAGCCCGUAUCAACAACCGCCAUCUGGUCCAAUGCAAAAUCAGCAACCAUCGUCGCUGCCACCACACCAACAACCACCAGCUGCAACAGGGGGAGAACGAAAUGCAAACGAACCCCGUACUGAUGCAAGAAAUGAUCGAUCUGAGAAACCACAACCAGCUCCAAUCAGUGUGAAGCAACGUUUUACAACUGUUGCCAAGCCCAUUGGAAUCGAUCCAAUAACCAUUUUACAGGAGCGUGAAAAUCGUAUGGCAUCACGAAUUGCAUUGCGUAUGGAGGAACUAACUAAUUUACCAGCAAAUAUGCCGGAAGAUUUACGACUUAAAGCACAGAUUGAGUUACGUGCAUUGCGAGUAUUAAAUUUCCAACGUCAAUUGCGUAGCGAAAUUGUUCAGUGUGGCCGACGAGAUACGACACUUGAAACAGCCAUUAAUAUCAAAUCAUACAAGAGAACGAAACGUCAGGGAUUGCGUGAGGCGAGAGCCACUGAAAAAUUGGAAAAACAACAAAAACUCGAAGCCGAACGUAAGCGUCGUCAAAAGCAUCAAGAAUUUUUGGCGGCCGUCUUACAACAUUACAAAGAUUUCAAGGAGUAUCAUCGCAAUAAUCAAGCACGUUUGGUGCGUGUUAAUAAAGCCGUUAUGAAUUAUCAUGCGAAUGCGGAACGUGAACAAAAGAAAGAACAAGAACGUAUUGAAAAGGAGCGUAUGCGCCGUUUGAUGGCCGAAGAUGAAGAGGGUUAUCGUAAGCUUAUCGAUCAAAAGAAAGACAAACGGUUGGCAUUCUUGUUGUCACAGACCGAUGAAUACAUUUGCAAUUUAACGCAGAUGGUUAAACAGCACAAAGAUGAUCAACAAAAGAAAAAAGAGGAAGAUAUUCGCCGAAAGAGAAAAUAUAAGAAAGAUAUGCUACAGAGCGGCAACUUCUCCGAAAUCGAUGAAAUUUCGGCUGAUGAUUUGCGUGUGACCGUUGUAAAUCCAACAACUGGUCAACGCUACUCUGGUGACGAUGGACCAUUGUUGCGUGACUUGCAACGCUGGUUAGAUGCUCAUCCAGGUUUUGAAUGGGUUGAUACGGACACCGAAGAUUCAGAUAAUGAAGAAGAAAUCAAAAAAGAAGAUACCACUGCCGACGAAGAAAAUGACAAAGAAAAGGCAGAAGAACUUCUCAAAAAACCAAAAGUCGAAGACGAUGAAUAUAAAACUGAAGAGCAAACAUACUACAGCAUUGCUCACACUGUUCAUGAGAAAGUUACAAAACAAGCCAAAAUUAUGGUUAAUGGUACUCUAAAAGAGUAUCAAGUGAAAGGUUUGGAAUGGCUUGUAUCACUUUACAACAAUAAUUUGAAUGGCAUUUUAGCUGAUGAAAUGGGUUUGGGUAAAACUAUUCAAACCAUUUCAUUGGUCACAUAUUUAAUGGAAGAGAAAAAAGUAAAUGGCCCAUUCUUGGUCAUCGUACCGUUGUCAACACUAUCCAAUUGGGUAUUGGAAUUCGAAAAGUGGGCACCAUCCGUUGUGGUCGUUUCGUACAAAGGUUCACCGGCUGGUCGUCGUCACAUUCAAAAUCAAAUGCGCGCCACCAAAUUUAACGUUUUGCUAACAACGUAUGAAUACGUUAUCAAGGAUAAAUCGGUAUUGGCGAAAUUAUCAUGGAAAUACAUGAUCAUUGACGAAGGUCAUCGUAUGAAAAAUCAUCAUUGUAAAUUGACACAAGUACUCAAUACGCAUUACAAUGCACCGUUCCGUCUAUUGCUAACUGGAACACCAUUGCAAAAUAAGCUGCCCGAAUUGUGGGCAUUGUUGAACUUCUUGUUGCCAUCGAUUUUCAAGAGUUGCUCCACCUUCGAGCAAUGGUUCAAUGCACCGUUCGCAACAACUGGUGAAAAGGUCGAAUUAAAUGAGGAAGAAACCAUUUUGAUUAUUCGUCGUUUGCAUAAAGUUUUGCGGCCAUUCUUGUUGCGUCGUCUCAAGAAAGAAGUCGAAUCUCAGUUGCCCGACAAAGUUGAAUACAUCAUCAAAUGUGAGAUGUCAUCGUUGCAAAAGGUUCUUUAUCGUCAUAUGCAAAGUAAAGGUGUUUUACUUACCGAUGGAUCUGAGAAGGGUAGCAAAGGAAAGGGCGGUGCGAAAGCACUCAUGAACACAAUCGUUCAAUUGCGUAAAUUGUGUAAUCAUCCGUUCAUGUUUCAACACAUCGAAGAGAAGUAUUGCGAUCAUAUUGGCGGCCAUGGUACGGUUACUGGAGACGAUUUGUAUCGUGUAUCCGGUAAAUUUGAAUUACUUGAUCGAGUUUUACCAAAACUCAAAGCAACCAACCAUCGCGUUUUGCUCUUCUGUCAAAUGACACAGUGCAUGACCAUUAUUGAAGAUUAUUUGGGCAUGAGACAAUUUACAUACCUUCGUUUGGAUGGUACAACAAAAUCCGAAGAUCGUGGUGAUUUGUUGAAAAAAUUCAAUUCCAAAGAAUCCGAGUAUUUCUUGUUCUUGCUGUCGACACGUGCCGGUGGUUUGGGUUUGAAUUUACAAGCGGCUGACACCGUCAUUAUAUUCGAUUCGGAUUGGAAUCCGCAUCAAGAUUUACAGGCACAGGAUCGUGCCCAUCGUAUCGGCCAACGGAAUGAAGUGCGUGUAUUGCGUUUGAUGACCGUUAAUUCGGUAGAAGAGCGUAUUUUGGCUGCGGCCCGUUACAAAUUAAAUAUGGACGAAAAGGUUAUUCAGGCCGGUAUGUUCGAUCAAAAAUCAACGGGAAGCGAACGUCAGCAAUUCCUGCAAAGUAUUUUGCAUCAAGAUGAAGGCGAUGAAGAGGAAGAAAAUGAAGUGCCCGAUGAUGAAAUGAUCAAUUUGAUGAUUUCACGUUCUGAUGAAGAAUUGGAAUUGUUCAAGAAAAUGGAUAUCGAACGUAAAGAGCAUGAUGGUGACAAAACACGUUUGAUCAGCGAAGACGAAUUGCCCGAUUGGUUGGUGAAAGAGGAUGAUGAAGUCGAUCGAUGGAAUUAUGAAGAAGAUAGCAUUCUGGGCCGUGGAUCACGUCAACGUAAAGAAGUUGAUUACACUGACAGUUUAACUGAAAAGGAAUGGUUGAAGGCAAUUGAUGGUGAAAAUGACUUUGAAGAUUCGAAUGUUUUGUCAAUUUUUAUAGGUGAAGAUGAUCGCGAUAAACGAAAGAAGAACAAAAAGCGAAAGAGUCGUCGCGGCGAAUCGGACGAUUCGGAUGGUGAUUUACCAUUGAAACGUAGAAAGGUGCAGGUAGAUCCAAAGAUCAAAAAGCAAAUGACUAAAGUGAUGAAAGAAGUCAUUCGAUUUGCCGACGAUACUGGACGCGUAUUGAGUGAUCCAUUUAUGAAAUUGCCAUCGCGCCAAAAAUUACCUGAUUACUACGAAAUUAUUAAGAAACCAGUAGAUAUUAAGAAGAUAUUGCAACGCAUUGAAGACGGUAAAUACUAUGAUUUCACCGAACUGGAGAAGGACUUUGUGCAACUCUGUCAAAAUGCACAGAUUUAUAAUGAGGAAACAUCACUCAUCUACGAAGACAGUAUUCAAUUGCAGUCGGUGUUUUUCAAUGCAAAACAAAAUUUAUUCGCUUCAUUGGCGGCGGCUGCUGAAGAAAGCAGAUCCGGUGAUAAUGGUGGCGCGGGCGAUUCUGAUGAAAAUGAUGAUGAUGAAUCUGAUGACGGAUCAAAUCCAUCACAAUCCAAAUCGAAACCAGGCACAUCAUCUAGUUCAUCAAACAAUACGAAUAGCAGUAAUGCGGCUAGAAAACAGGCACCAACACGUAGAAAACGCACACAAAAGAAGUACGCUAUUUCCGACGACGAUGACGAUGAUUUAGAAUAAGCUUAGAACCUAAUUUCAUAUCUCACAUAAUUUGCUUGAGUUUACUGAUUCGCGCCUUAAGCAUAGUAGCAUGGAUCGAUCAUGAUUGGCACUUCGUGGCCAUCUUGUUUCAAAGUAAAAGUUUUUAUUUUUCAUUGUAAUCUAUUUAACUAAAAAAACACAAUCUAGACCCCAAUCAAAUUUCAAUCCUAAAAGUAUGAUGACAAAAAACAGAAAACAGCAAAAAAAAAACUCUAUUUAAGAUACAAAGUAAAUUUUAUGUGUGUGUAAUUUGUAUUUUCACUCUUCAAAGAAACUUGUGUCAGUGCAAUUUUGCACAUACUUUUAGAUGACAUAGACUAUUAAUAAAGAUACUUAAUAGCAAAUA